AUGUCCCCCAAGACCAAGAACAUCGAGGAGGCUCAGAGGAGCGGCGACUUUGCCAUCAAGCCCGAGGCUGAUACCCCCACCCUCAACACCUCCGACUGGCCCUUGUUGUUGAAGAACUACGACAAGCUCAACGUCCGCACUGGUCACUACACCCCCAUCCCCAGCGGAUGCUCGCCCUUGAGACGUGAGCUCGCCGAAUACGUCAGAUACGGUGUCAUCAACUUGGACAAGCCUGCCAACCCCUCGUCCCACGAGGUCGUCGCCUGGGUCCGUCGCAUUCUCCGUGUCGAGAAGACUGGUCACAGUGGAACUCUUGAUCCCAAGGUCACUGGAUGCUUGAUUGUCUGCAUUGACCGUGCCACUCGUUUGGUCAAGUCGCAGCAGGGAGCCGGUAAGGAGUACGUCUGCGUCCUCCGCCUCCACGAGGCCAUCGAGUCGGAGAAGAAGCUCGCCCAGACCCUCGAGACCUUGACUGGUGCUCUCUUCCAGCGCCCUCCUCUGAUUUCAGCCGUCAAGCGUCAGCUCCGUAUCCGUACGAUCCACGAGUCCAAGUUGCUCGAGUUUGACAACGACCGCCACUUGGCUGUCUUCUGGGUGGCCUGCGAGGCUGGUACCUAUAUGCGUACUAUGUGCGUCCACAUGGGACUGUUGCUCGGCGUUGGAGGACACAUGCAAGAGCUCCGUCGUGUCCGUUCGGGACACAUGGGCGAGGAAGACGAUAUUGUGACGAUGCACGAUGUUUUGGAUGCUCAGUGGAUGUACGACAACACCAAGGACGAGUCGUACCUCCGCAGGGUUGUCCGCCCUCUCGAGACCUUGUUGACGACCUACAAGCGUAUUGUUGUCAAGGACAGCGCUGUCAACGCCAUCUGCUACGGAGCCAAGCUGAUGAUCCCCGGUCUCCUCCGCUACGAGUCUGGCAUUGAGGUCGACGAGGAGAUUGUGUUGAUGACCACCAAGGGAGAGGCCAUUGCUCUCGGAAUUGCGCAGAUGACCACUGCUGUCAUGGCUACCUGUGAUCACGGUGUUGUUGCCAAGAUCAAGCGUGUCAUUAUGGAGCGUGACACCUACCCCCGCCGCUGGGGAUUGGGACCCAAGGCGCAGGAGAAGAAGAAGCUGAUCAAGGAUGGUAAGCUCGACAAGUUUGGACGCACCACUGAGGAGACCCCUGAGGGCUGGAAGAAGGACUAUGUCGACUACAACCGCGAGGACGCCGCAGCACCCGUUGCUGUUGCGGCACCCGUUGUUGCUGCCACCCCCGCUCCUGCUGCUGUCAAGGAGGAGGAGAAGAAGCGCAAGGCACCCGAGUCUUCGGACGAGUCUGACUCUGGCAAGAAGAAGGAGAAGAAGGAGAAGAAGGUCAAGAAGGAGAAGAAGGAGAAGAAGGACAAGAAGGAGAAGAAGGAGAAGAAGAGCAAGAAGGCCGACUCUGAUUCCGAAUAA